CUAACAGGCAGCUGCCAGCCAUGGCUUCCUCCCCGCCGUUUCGUCUACCUCUCGCCGUUGUGCUCCUACUCGCAAUAAUAUGUGUCCUUUUGGCUUCUCCUAGCUGCCAUGCGGACGAUCUCACCGCCACCAUGACAAACGAGCACGAGAAAGAGCAUCAGCUGAUGAUGAUGAUGAUGGACAGGUUCCAUAGGUGGAUGGCGACGCACAACCGGUCGUACGCCUCCGCCGACGAGAAGCUGCGGCGAUUCGAGGUAUACCGGAGCAACAUGGAGUUCAUCGAGGCGACCAACCGGAACGGCAGCCUCACCUUCAAGCUCGGUGAAACGCCGUUCACCGACCUCACCCACGAGGAGUUCCUCGCGACCUACACCGGCGACGUACGCCUUCCGCCGGAGCGGCGGGGGAUGCAAGACGACUCCGACGAGGAGGAUGCAGUGAUUACAACCAGUGCUGGGUACGUCGCCGGCGCCGGCGCCGGCAGGCGUACGGUUGCGGUGCCGGAGUCCGUGGACUGGAGAAAGGAGGGCGCGGUGACUCCGGCCAAGCAUCAAGGCCAGUGCGCGGCGUGCUGGGCAUUUGCAGCAGUGGCAGCCAUAGAGAGCCUGCACAAGAUCAAAGGAGGAGAUCUGAUAUCUCUGUCGGAGCAAGAGCUGGUGGACUGUGACGAUACUGGAGAGGCCACCUGCUCAAAGGGUUACAGCGACGACGCCUUCCUGUGGGUGAGCAAGAACAAGGGCAUCGCCAGCGACCUCAUCUACCCGUACGUCGGCCACAAGGAGAGCUGCAAGAAGCAGCUGCUCGGCGUGCACAACGCCACCGUCAGAGGCGUCGUCACCUUACCUGAAAACAGGGAGGACCUGAUCAUGGCGGCGGUGGCCAGGCAGCCGGUGGCCGUCGUGUUCGACGCCGGUGAUCCCUUGUUCCAAAACUACAGGGGUAAUGGUGUCUACAAGGGCGGCACGGGCUGCUCCACCAACGUGAACCAUGCCCUGACCAUCGUCGGCUACGGGACGAACCAUCCCGACACUGGGGAAAACUAUUGGAUUGCCAAGAACUCGUACGGCAAUCUGUGGGGCGACAAUGGCUUCGUCUACUUGGCCAAGGACACAGCUGACCGCACAGGUGUCUGCGGCCUCGCCAUAUGGCCGACCUUUCCCACCAUUCGGUGAAACCGGCCACACAGACGAAAAGUUCGUUGUACUAGUUUAUGUCUGUGGCUCAGGCUGAUCGUAUCGAUGGAUCAUGGUGGCAAUACUUGUAGCUGCAUACAUGUAUAUAUGUGUCUAUUUCACCCAUCUAUAGCUCCAUCGUUUUUAAAUUACUAGAAUAAAUAAAAGUCAUGAUGAUCUCUCAUCAUGUGUGUUGUUUUACUCAUGGAAUCAGAAAUAAAAUUAUAGAGAGAGUCGAAUAUGAGGUGUAUCA